AUGUCAAGCGGGCUUGUAACUGGAAGUUACUCACCGGGGUGUGGCUUCGAUGCGGCUUGGGCGCUUUGUUGCUGCGGUGCGACUUCUGGCGGAUUCUCUGGGGCCCCAGAGAUGCGUUCCUGUCCGGUGAUGCGAUGGAAGAGAGCGGUGCGCGACUAUGUCUCACACGAGGUGAGGCGGUUACUCCUGGAACGCGACUGUUCCAGGCGUGGUGCGGUUGAACUAGCGGUGCGCGUGGGCAAGAAUCCUCUAGGACGCUACUGUCCUAGGCGGUGUGGUUCCAACUAG